AUGGCCAAGAACCAGGACGCAAACGUCAAGACCACCGAAGUUUACACCGUUGAGCGUCAGAACUCAGACUCCAACAUCUCAGAUGCGUUGCUGUCCAAAAGUCCUCCACAAGACAAUGAGUCCGGUAAGGAGGAGUUAGAUUCGGAUAUCGCUGAGUUGCCCCAGGUUGUUCGAGACACGGUGACAUUUGAGGAUGACCCAACCAUCGCGGUGUUCACAUUCCGAUAUUUUCUACUUUCCAUGAUAUUCAUUAUCCCUGGAGCAUUUAUCGAUACUAUGAACUCGUAUAGAACCACCUCGGCCGCGUACUCGAUUUUUUUCGUGCAGAUUGCUUCGCAUUGGGCGGGGAGAUGGUUGGCCCGAGUAUUGCCGAACAAGACCAUUCGUUUCGGCCGGUUUUUCAGCUUCAGUCUCAAUCCCUGUCCAUAUAGCGUAAAGGAGACUGUUUUGGUGACGCUCACGGCUAGCAGUGGUGCCACGGGGAACUUGGGAACAAGCUCAUUAUCGCUCGCCGAGAUCUACUAUGGCGAAACAGUCCUGGCGGCUGUCAGCUUGUUCUUUAUGUGGGCAAUCGUGGGGAUCGGCUACUCCUUUGCAGCCAUAAGCAGGUCCCUCUUGUUAUAUGACCCCCAGUUUAUUUGGCCUCAAUCGCUCAUGACAGCAAACUUAAUGAAUGUGCAACUGCGGGGAGACUCCGAUUCCAAAAGCAGCAAAAAGCAAAUGAAAGUGUUUUUGUACGUGAUAGCUGGUGUUUGCGUUUGGCAUUUCUUUCCCGAGUACAUUUUUCCCAUGACUUCAUCGUUGGCCUUCUUGUGCUGGGUUGCUCCCGAAAACUACGUGGCCAACUUUGUUGGCUCUGGACUAGGCGGCAUGGGUUUUUUGAAUUUCACACUCGACUGGUCCAACAUUACUUCAUCCAUCAUGUUGUAUCCGUAUUGGGUCCAAGUCGUGCUGUUUUUGGCUUUUGUGUUGAGCGCUUGGAUUUUGAUCCCGCUGAUCAAGUUUGGCAACUUGUCGAGCUUCAAGCACGGAUUGAUGUCAAAUAGUUUGUUUCUAGCCAACGGGACCAGAUACCCAACACUGCAGUUGCUAACCUCGGAUUUCCAAUUGAACGUGACUCGUUAUCACGAGCUUGGGGAGGUGCACCUUGGAGCUCAGCGUGCCUACAACAUGUUCUUUGACUAUGCCGCGUAUUUAUCCGGGUUUGUCUGGGCUUUGGUGUUUGGCUUUGACAGCCUCAAAGGUUCUUUAAUGAAGCUAGUUGAGUCACACAAAAAGAAACAAUCGUUGGCUUCGCAGUACACGGACAGAUUAAACAAGAUUCAAUCUGCAUACAAGGAAGUCCCCAUAUAUUGGUACCUUGUGCUUUUCCUUGGAUCGUUCAUCACACUCUUGGUGAUCUUUGCCACUGACAGCUUGUUCAUGCCGUGGUGGUGUUUGCUUGUUGGUGUGGGAAUAGGUGCCGUGAUUGUUACCCCCUUGGCCUGGCUCUAUGCAUUGUCGAAUUUCCAGUUGGCUAUAGGCACGUUCAAUGAACUCCUUUACGGCUACAUGAUCCAAGGCAGGCCCCACCGGCACCCAGCCGGAGCAACGGUGUUUGGUGCAGUUGCAGGAGACAGUUGGUACCGAGCUCAGUAUAUGCUCCAGGAUAUGAAAAUCGGCCAUUACAUGCAUAUCCCUCCAAGGGCAGUGUUUUUCAGUCAGGUCUGGGGAAGCUUUAUUGGGGUGUUUGUCAACUAUGGUGCUCUUAGAUGGGUGUUGCUGCUGAAGAAGGACUACUUGAACGGUACCAAAGUUGACCAUUUGCAUCAGUGGACCGGCCAAAGCAUCGUUUCGUACCACACAAACGCAAUUCAAUACGUGGUGUUGGGCCCUUCAAGACUAUUCAAGAAUUACCAAAUCUUACCUUACGGGUUCUUGCUCGGCGCGGUGGCGCCACUAAUCGUCUAUGGCGUCUACCGAUUAUUCCCCAAAUCGAAGCUUCAGUUCAACUUGUGGAACACAACGGUGUUUUUUUCGACAAUGUCUACUUUCUACGGUAAUAUCUCAACUGGUCCGCUUUCGCUGUUCAUUGGUGGAACCGUGACCAAUUUCUAUGCCUUUAGGUACCACCAUUCGUUCUGGCAGAAAUGGAACUAUUUGGUAGCCGCUGCCGCUGAUACCGGUUACAAUUUGGCAGUCUUGCUCAUCUUUAUCUUCUUUUCGGCAGGAAAAACUACCUUAAUGCCCAAUUGGUGGGGCAAUAAUGAGAAGACCAUUGAACGUUGUUUCGCUUUGGCCAAGGCUGGUUAG